AUCUGCGGCUGAUUGUUAAGCGUUUGUGUAGCAAAGACAUCGACUAGACACUGACGGAUUAACAGUGGUUAUAUUUAUUUAUUUUGGUGUAAAUUAUUGCUACAGUCCAGUGUAACAACGCUGGUAGGCCUACAAGUUUGUCCGCUGUGUGAUAAUUAGCCUAAAUUAUAUCUUAAAUCAUUUCUUAGAGGAAUAGGUUAUAUGACUGGUUGGGUUGUCUGGACUUUGACCGCUUAUCAGCCAGAAUGGUGAGUCAAACAUUAAAACACAGGAUUACUUUGGGGACAGACGAUGUGGUUUCACUUAUGUGUGUUUGUCUAAAACACUGAUUUAAAAUAUAAUAUAGGCUAACUGAUAAAUAUAGGCCUAUGACAGAAUAAAGAUGGAAGAAAGAGCUUCGAUGGGCUGCAGAGCCGAGACACGGAAAGGGAGUCUUCAGGAGCUGAGGAUUGUCCUCCUGGGGCACGACUGGCUGGAGAAGAGUCUGACAGGAAACACCAUCCUCGGCCGACAGAUGUUUGAUAUCAACAGAGAUGUGAAGAUGUGUGUUAGGAGACAGGGCAUUAUUGAUGAUGGGCAUAGGCGAGUUAUUAUCAUCAACAGCCCUGAAAGGUGGAUCCAGUACUCUGUCCGGGAUCCGAGUCUGGUGAACAACAACAUGUCAUCCUGCGCAGCCAUGUGCCCACCAGGACCUCAUGCCUUUCUUUUGGUCAUACCCAUCAGCUCCCACCGAGGCAGGGAGUGGACAGUAGAGGGACCCCUUGAGCUGCUAAAUAACACAGUGUGGAGAAACACAAUAGUAAUAUUCACUAGAUGUGAGAGACUGCUAGGGUCUUCCGUAGAGGGCUACACUGCAAAACAUAGGUUUCUCAAAGCCCUUUUGGAGAGGUGUGGACAUAGACAUCACCUUUUAGACACAAGCAUUUGGGGAAAAGAUGAUGUUACUCAGGUUGCAGAGCUUUUGGAGAAAAUUGAUGCAAUGGUUGCAGGAAACAUAAAGGCAGGGGUAGGUUGUUAUGUGACCACAAAUGAGGAAGUCCCUGGAAGAACUGAUAGUAGAAAAAAGGAGGUAGAAGAGAGGGCGACUCUGAGAAGAAUUAAUGUGCAGAAGGCCAGAAGUACACUCAGAUCUCUAAUGGGAGAGUCGCCCCCGAUUUCAGUGCUUCGAAUUCUCAUUGUGGGACCAAAGCAGGUUGGGAAGAGCUCGGCUGGAAACACUAUCCUUGGUGAUGAAGUCUUUCCUGCUGGACAUCCAACGUUACAGUGCACUGAGAGACACGGUGAUGUUCACAAAAAGCGAGUCACUGUGGUUGACACCCCUGGCUGGCAUGGGAGAUACUGCUCAGAAGAUACUCCACGGGAGUUACAACAGAGGAUUACCCACAGUGCAUCUCUGUGUGCCCCCAAUCCCCAUGCUGUCCUCGUGGUGGUACGCAGCGAUGAGACUUUUACUGAAACCGACAGGUUGAAUGUGGAGGAACACUUGAGCUUACUUGGAUUUUGGGGGUGGACUCGAACCAUUGUGCUGUUCACCUGGGGAGACAAACUGGGAGUCACUCCCAUUGAGGAGCACAUUGAGAAAUGGCCUGCUCUUCAGUGGUUGGUGGACAAAUGUGGAAAUAGGUAUCAUGUUUUUGAUAACUCAAACAAAGUUGAAGACAUUCAGGUUAGAGAACUGCUGUCAAAGAUUGAGGAAACAGAAGUGGGGAAUGAUACUGGACACUGGUUGCAGAGUUUUAUGAAACUCAAAGAAAGCAACAGGAAGCUGGAUCAAAACUCCAAAAAGUUUGCCAUACAGCUCAAAAGGGCAAGGAUGGACAAUAAUCUCCUGAGGCAAACAGUCAAUGAGAAGGAGAGGAUAGUAGAGGGCAUGGCUAAGACAGCCAAAGGGAAAAAUGAGCAGAUUGAAGCUCUGAAGGCGUCGAGGGAAAGGGAGAUAGAAGAGAGGAAAAAUAAAGACUACGAACAAGAGAUUGGCAGAAGAUUAGUGGAGGCUGAGAGGGAGAACAAGCAGCUCAAACAAGUCAUUAUAGGAAAAGACAGAAUGAUAACAAGCCUCAGGGAAAGAUGUGCGCUGAAAGAUGGUGUGGUUAAAACUACAAAGCAAAGCAGUGAGGUUGAAAAGGAAGUGCAAAAAGAAAGAAUAAAAGAACAAGAACGAGAGGCAGCAGGCAUUAUGAAAAAAUGUGAGAAGAAAGAUAAAGAGCUGGACCAAAUGCUGAUGAAUCACAAAAUAAAAGCAAAAGAGCUUAAAGAGACGAUUGAACAGCUGAAGAAAGAAAAUGACGAUACAAAGAAGGCAUUGAAAGCCACAAUCAAAGGGAUGCAGAGGCACAAUCAAAAAAACGAAACCAGUAGAACCAAUAAGAUGAACACUGUGCAUAACCACCACAGGAAAACAAUCACGGACCUCAAGAUGGAGUUAGGCCGACAACAAAAAUGGGUGUUCACAGUACCAUUGAGCCACCGUGGAGACACCGUUAAACCCAUUACAGAGACAGAACAGACAAGGCUGGUAGUUUUGGACCAUGAGAUCGUGCUACACGAAAAGAGGGAGACUGCAGACCAAGAGUGGCAACUUGAUUCUGACUGGACUCUGUCAUGGCUGAGGGCUGGAGGUGCUGCGCUGGGAGCUGCAGUUGGGGCCCUUGCUGGCUCCUCCCAGGUGGCUACAAGGUUGUGCACCAGAUCAGCUGUUGGGGCUGCGGCCGGGACUCUGCUGGGCAGCUUACUGGUCCAGGGAGCCAGGCCCCAGCAGAGGAAAACCGAAUAAUCCACCAACAGCAAGUGAACUUCUACCAUAAGACAUAAGAUGCCUUUUAAGGCAUCAUGGACAUAAAAUUUCUUAUACAGUAACUAGGAGAGCAUCUGGAUAAUGCUUGGGAGGAAGAACAUCUAUAACCACCAUAAAUCAAUGCACAUAUACAGGAGCAUGUGCACUUGUUGACUAUACAAGGAGCUCACUUAGCUAAGCUGUCCAUCUAUCUGUGAAUACUGUAGUUUUUGUCCAAUGUUAGGAAAUGAUUUAACUAACAACAGCAGUUCACACAUUUUAAAACCUCUAAUGUUGUCUUCACACUGACUUCAACCAAGCACUAUCUCUUCUUUUCAGUUGGUUUUGUUAUUUUACUGUGCAGUUACAUAACAUUGCAAAGUACAACAACAGAUCCUCUUAUUAUUUUUCCAGUCUAUAAUACAGAAUUUGAUGCAGUGUGGAAUCAUGAAUGGUUCAGUUGUCUCUCUGUUCAUAUUAAAUCUAGACUGCUAAAGGAUCUGAUCAAAGAUUGCGGGUCUAAGGCUUGAGUCAAGUUUUCAAACUGUGUACACCAAAAGUCAAAUUGUGUAUACCUUGUCUCGUAAUAUUACAGUAGACCAAUCUCUUAUUUUAGUUGAAUAACUUCAGCGUUCAUUGUUUUCCUAUCAAAAAGAAGAUUUAUAAUCCUAUGGGCUUGAAUAAACAGGUUAAAGAACUCUUUUUUUCCCUCAGUCAGUCAGAUUGUUUAAUCAGAGUUUGGGUUCUCAGUAGUUCCCAGUGUUCUUGUGUAGACUUGUGUAGGGAGUGAUUAAACUGAUAUCAGUGGAGCCACUUCAUCCUCAGAAGAGGUCUGAGCAGAUAAAUAAAUGAAAACAUCUG